UAAAAAUAUUCAAACAAAGACACAACAUUCGUCAACGCAAAAUUACAAAAUUUGUAACAGACAAAGAAGUUCACACCAUGCCAGAAAUUAUCGCCUCUGCAGAAAUGUUUCGCAUUCAAACAAAACAAUUGAUAUCUAACUUCGAUAGUGACUUCGUUAUUAAUACAGAUCAAACAGGAUGUCAAUACCAAUCAAUGUUUAAUAGGACACUGACGGAAAAAGGAAGCAAAACAGUGUUUGCAAAAGUACAAGACAUGACCAAGGUGUCACACUCAUAUACUGCACAAUAUAGCAUAACAUUAUCUGGAAAAUUACUAUCAGAUGUUUUUAUUUGUUUGCAAGAGCCUACAGGUGAUUUUGGGCCAAGAAUAAAGAAAAACGUAUAAGAAUAUUUAAAAAAAUACAAAAAUGUUAUUGUCACAUCAUCAAAAUCAGGAAAACUGACAACUACUCUCUAUAAAAAUUUUCUAGAGAAAUGUUUAAUGC